CUUUUGCCAAGGGCUCAGCAGUAUUCUCUGGGAUUUUGUACCGUCCAAUUGAUUGAUUGAUUGAUUUGACUGUAUCUUUUUUUUUGUCGUUAUGGCUCCGAAGCAUAAGGAUCAUAUUCCGAGACUGCAUCAUCUCGGAAAAUGGAUGCCCUCGACUCUGGAUGCGCAUCAUCAGUGGUUGGGGGGGGUGAUUGCUCAUGUUGAUAGCAAAGAAUCGCAUGAUCUGCAUCCCGUUAUUCAGGAGUUUCAGGAUCUGAUUGAGAAUAAUACUCGCGUUUACCUUCUCAUUUCGUCCAUGUUCGGGGAACUUCCCCGCAACCGAACCUACACCACUGAUCCCACUGGAUGUCCCCAAAUGCGGGACUACAAGCAUAUGCUCCUCGUACUGAACCACCUCAUUACCACGGCGCCCUCGUGGAGCGACUUCUCUCAUCGUGUCGGGCUGGUCGGGCUACCGAUUAAUGCCGUCCUGGACUGGCCUAUGGGCACACCGAGCGGCUACGCGGCGUUCCUGGACCCUGAUGUCAACCGAAUGAUCAAGAAGAUUCUCAAUGCGUGGGGCGACUUCCUCAAAUCCCCGGAAUCUGCAUCGGUGCUCGAUAACUCCGCCUACGGGUGGUUCGGAGAGACCGCCAAGGCAGAUCUAGUGGAGGUCGGAAACGUGCAGAAGACGAACCACUCAUUCGAAGACAUGUUCAUCUGUGAUCCGUCUGCCGAACAUCACGGCUAUACAUCAUGGGAUCAUUUCUUUACCCGCUUAUUCCGAGAGGGGAUCCGACCCGUUGCGUCCCCCAGUGAUGACAAGGUUAUUGCCAACGCGUGCGAGUCGCAGCCAUACAAGGUGGCGUAUAAUGUCAAAGCACGCGAUCAGUUCUGGAUUAAGAGUCAGCCGUAUUCGGUGAAUGAUAUGCUGGCUCUUGAUCCGCUGGCGGAGCAAUUCGAGGGUGGAACGGUGUAUCAGGCGUUUUUGAGUGCGUUGAGCUAUCACCGCUGGCAUGCACCUGUGUCAGGGAAGAUCGUCAAGGCGUAUGUGGUUGACGGGACGUAUUAUUCGGAGCCGUUGUUCGAGGGUCUCGGGGAUCCGGAUCCAAAGGAACAUCAGCAUGGCAUUGAUAGUGCCGGGGAGGUCAUGUCGCAGGAAUAUCUGACCGCUACGGCCACGCGGGCUGUCAUUUUCAUUGAAUGUGAUAACCCGGAUAUUGGACUCAUGGCGUUCUUGGGUGUGGGCAUGUGCGAGGUCUCGACCUGUGAUAUCACUGUCUCUGAGGGUCAGCAUGUCACCAAGGGUGAUCAGAUUGGUAUGUUCCACUUUGGUGGUUCAACGCAUUGUCUGCUCUUUAGGAAGGGGGUCAAUGUGCAGGGACUUCCAUCUCCCAAGUUGCGGCAUAAUGUGCCAGUCAGGAGUCAGCUGGCUGUGGUUGAGUGAGUGAGUGAUGGUAGAUGUAAAUAAGAGU